UGUGUGUGUGUGUGUGUGUGUGUGUCUGUCUGUCUUGUCUGUUUUUCAGUAAUCACCUGCAUGCAUGCACUUUUCUGUGAUACUCACCCUGAAAGAUCCUCAGCCAAAAGGGGCUAACCUCUGUUUUUUCAGGUUUUUAUAGCCUCCCCACAGAGGGUGAAUGCAUGUAGCCAUGCUUUGGAGGGUUUGCCUACCAGGUAUCGGGAAAAGAGGCAGGGGGUACGUUCUCAAAAGAACUCAAACAGUGGCCCACACAACCCUGACCCUUUCCCAGGAUCCUCCUAUUUUCCCCUGUUCAGUCCGAUUGCACUUGGCCGGCUCCAGAAAGUUCCCUGUCUGCCCCUCCUCUCUGUUUCCUGGAAUUCUCCAUUUCGAAAGCAUUUCCAGGAAUAUGACUCAAAGAUGUCCCCACUCAACCAGACCUCAGUGUCUUCUUGCUCCCCAGGGCACACUUCAUCUCCAUCUGCUUCCACGAGCCCCUCUAAUACCCAGAAAUCCGUCUGUAUGGUCUCCGAGUCUCCCCCCUUUCUUUCUAGCUGCCCUUCAUACAUGCAAAACCUGGUGUGGCAACUCAUGUAAAUUGAACGUAGGCUGGGUAAAUAGGGGAGGAGUGGGAUCACUGUUACAAUGUGGACAUAUCAUUAGGUCACUUCUGAUUAUUACCAGUGUGCCAACCAUGUGUGCCCCAAGAAAGAGCGGUUGACCACAAAGCUCCCUCGCAGGCCUCUGCAUUCAGUACGACACCUGCUCCGUGCCCAUUUGCUCUCAUCCUUUCUCCUAGCUCAGUUCAGCAAAAGAAAGAAGCCCGAGACCCUGAGCCAGAGCAGCCCCUCAGGGCCAUCUCCACAAUCAUGGAAAGCCCGGAGCCGCCGCCUCACCUGCGGCUUCUGAGUAAGGAUCGAAGUAAAGCUCUGCGGACCAGCAGUCGGGUGAGAACUCGGAUCCUGCUCCAGGCUGACCGGAUCCGAAUCUGCUAUUUAGAAAACCCUCCAGGGAAGCAGAGGCUCAGGCGGAAGUUCUGACACCGGAGGCCACCGGCAACGUGCUGCCCCAGGAGGGCUGGAGAUGGCGGUUUCCCCGAAGUCCUGCCUCCACAGCUGUCUGCUCAUCCUCGCUUGCCUCCCGCUGUCCAAGCCGGACUCCGCCCAGUUCGACGUGAUCGGGCCGCCGGAGCCCAUCCUGGCCGCGGUGGGUGACGACGUCGAGCUGCCCUGCCACCUGUCCCCGAACGUGAGCGCCGAGCGCAUGGAGCUGCGGUGGUUCCGCGGGAAGGUGGCGGCCGCGGUGCUGGUGCGCCGGGACGGGCGCGAGCAGGACGGGGAGCAGGUGGCCGAGUACCGCGGCAGAGCCACACUCGUGGACCGCGACAUCGCGGCGGGGCGCGUCGCCGUGAGGAUCCACCAGGUCAGGGCCUCGGACGACGGCGAGUACCGAUGCUUUUUCCGGCAGGACGGAAGCUACGAGGAGGCCAGCGUGCACCUGAAGGUGGCUGCUCUGGGCUCUGAUCCUCACAUCCAUGUGGAAGUUCAAGAAAAUGGAGAGGUCCGGCUGGAAUGUACCUCAGUAGGAUGGUACCCGGAGCCACACGUCCAGUGGAGGACGUCUGGGGGAGAGCAGUUUCUAUCCACCUCAGAGUCUAGGAAUCCUGAUGAAGAAGGCCUAUUCACUGUAGCAGCUUCAGUGAUCAUCAGAGACCCCUCCAUGAAGAAUAUAUCCUGCUCUAUCCAGAACCUCCUUCUUGGCCAGGAGAAGGAAGUAGACAUUUCCAUACCAGCUCCCUUCCUCCCAAGGUUGACUCCCUGGAUGGUGGCGGUGGCUGUCAUCUUGAUGGUCCUAGGAUUUCUGACAAUUGGGUCCAUAGUUUGCACUUGGAGACUCUACAAGGAAAGAUCCAGACAAAGAAAGGACGAAUUCAGCUCUAAGGAGAAACUCCUGGAAGAGCUCGGAUGGAAAAAGGCUACGGUGCAUGCAGUGGAUGUGACUCUGGAUCCAGACACUGCUCACCCCCACCUCUUUUUGUAUGAGGAUUCCAGAUCUGUCCGGCUGGAAGAUUCACGUCAGGAGCUGCCUGAGAAACCAGAGAGAUUUGACUCCUGGCCUUGCGUUUUGGGUCGUGAGACCUUCACGUCAGGGCAACACUUCUGGGAGGUGGAAGUGGGAGACAGGGCUGACUGGGCAGUCGGGGUGUGCAGGGAGAAUGUGGUGAAGAAAGGGUUUGACCCCAUGACUCCAGAGAAUGGGUUCUGGGCUGUGGAGUUGUAUGGGAACAGGUACUGGGCCCUCACCCCGCUGCGGACCCCUCUCCCCCUGGCAGGGCCCCCCCGUCGGGUUGGGAUUUUCCUGGACUAUGAAUCAGGUGACGUCUCCUUCUACAAUAUGACCAAUGGGUCCCAUAUCUAUACUUUCUCCAAUGCCUCCUUCUCUGGCCCCCUCCGGCCUUUCUUCUGCCUGUGGUCCUGUGGCAAAAAGCCCCUGACCAUCUGCCCGGUCACUGAUGGGCCUGAGAGAGUCACCGUAGUUGCUGAUGCCAAGGCCUUUGUAAUUGUGAGGCGACGUCUCCUUCUCUGUGACAACGUCAGCGGACCGUGACCGGGCCACGAUAGUGGUGCGGACCUCGUCCCAAUAAAGAUCAAGUGAGUUACAUCAUAUCCAUCUCUCUAUCUCUUCUUUACACAUUGCGACCUCCUGGCGGGACACAGGGGUUUUGCUCGCGACAGUUGGCGUAGUCGGCAGUCAUGGCCAGUCGGCACGCAACUGGUUCCCAGUUGGCGUAGUGGGCGGUCGUAGUCCGAGUCACGGGAGGAGUUGAUGAGAUCGGCAGCUGAGGCCACAACCCCCGAUGCAACGACACACCCGGUGGAGACAACUGCGUAAGCCCCUAAGGACAACCCAGAGAAUCCUCCAGAACGCAAGGAAAAUGGGAGAGCUGAUCCUAAAACUUUUGAAGGAAGAGGACAGAGACCACCGAGACAGGUCUACUACACCGGACCUCCCCAAUCUACCAGACCGCCUACCAUUGCAGAAGUCUGGAGGGCCAGACUUCAUCCCACUGGCAGCGACGAGGAAGACGACUGAACCAGAUUGUGAGGCGACGUCUCCUUCUCCGUGACAACGUCAGCGGACCGUGACCGGGCCACGAUAGUGGUGCGGACCUCGUCCCAAUAAAGAUCAAGUGAGUUACAUCAUAUCCAUCUCUCUAUCUCUUCUUUACACGUUGCGACCUCCUGGCGGGACGCAGGGGUUUUGCU